AUGGAGGGAGAAGAUGAAGAAAGAGCAAUUAGCGGCAACAGAGAAGUGACGGGAGAUGGCACCACCGCAGCUCGUGGCACCGCCGCUAGUGGCACCACCGCAGCUCGUGGCACCGCCGCUAGUGGCACCACCGCAGCUCGUGGCACCGCCGCUAGUGGCACCACCGCAGCUCGUGGCACCGCCGCUAGUGGCACCACCGCAGCUCGUGGCACCGCCGCUAGUGGCACCACCGCAGCUCGUGGCACCGCCGCUAGUGGCACCACCGCAGCUCGUGGCACCGCCGCUAGUGGCACCACCGCAGCUCGUGGCACCGCCGCUAGUGGCACCACCGCAGCUCGUGGCACCGCCGCUAGUGGCACCACCGCAGCUCGUGGCACCGCCGCUAGUGGCACCACCGCUCGUGGCACCGCCGCUAGUGGCACCACCGCAGCUCGUGGCACCGCCGCUAGUGGCACCACCGCAGCUCGUGGCACCGCCGCUAGUGGCACCACCGCAGCUCGUGGCACCGCCGCUAGUGGCACCACCGCAGCUCGUGGCACCGCCGCUCGUGGCCCUCACCACUGCUCAUAG